CAGUACAGUAGGGAUGUCCUCCAGUAUAGUAGGGAUGUCCUCCAGUACAGUAGGGAUGUCAUCCAGUAUAGUAGGGAUGUCCUCCAGUUCAGUAGGACUGUCCUCCAGUAUAGUAAGGCUGUCCUCCAGUAUAGUAGGGAUGUCCUCCAGUUCAGUAGGGAUGUCCUCCAGUAUAGUAAGGCUGUCCUCCAGUACAGUAGGGAUGUCCUCCAGUAUAGUAGGGCUGAUGUCCUCCAGUUCAGUAUGGAUGUCCUCCAGUAUAGUAGGGAUGUCCUCCAGUAUAGUAGGGAUGUCCUCCAGUACAGUAGGGAUGUCAUCCAGUAUAGUAGGGAUGUCCUCCAGUACAUUAGGGAUGUCCUCCAGUACAGUAGGGAUGUCCUCCAGUAUAGUAGGGAUGUCCUCCAGUACAGUAGGGAUGUCAUCCAGUAUAGUAGGGAUGUCCUCCAGUUCAGUAGGACUGUCCUCCAGUAUAGUAAGGCUGUCCUCCAGUAUACAGUUUUAAUCCAGUACAGUAAGGAUGUCCUCCAGUUCAGUAUGGAUGUCCUCCAGUAUAGUAGGGAUGUCCUCCAGUAUAGUAGGGAUGUCCUCCAGUACAGUAGGGAUGUCCUCCAUUUCAGUAGGGAUGUCCUCCAGUACAGUAGGGAUGUUCUCCAGUACAGUAGGGAUGUUCUCCAGUACAGUAGGGAUGUCCUCCAGUUCAGUAGGGAUGUCCUCCAGUACAGUAGGGAUGUCCUGCAGUACAGUAGGGAUGUCCUCCAGUAUAGUAGGGAUGUCCUCCAGUUCAGUAGAACUGUCCUCCAGUACAGUAGGGAUGUCCUCCAGUUCAGUAGGGCUGUCCUCCAGUUCAGUAGGGAUGUCCUCCAGUUCAGUAGGGAUGUCCUCCAGUUCAGUAGAGAUGUCCUCCAGUAUAGUAGGGAUGUCCUCCAGUACAGUAGGGAUGUCCUCCAGUAUAGUAGGGAUGUCCUCCAGUAUAGUAAGGCUGCCCUCCAGUAUAGUAGGGAUGUCCUCCAGUACAGUAGGGAUGUCCUCCAGUACAGUAGGGCUGCUGUCCUCCAGUAUAGUAGGGAUGUCCUCCAGUACAGUAGGGAUGUCCUCCAGUACAGUAAGGAUGUCCUCCAGUAUAGUAAGGCUGUCCUCCAGUACAGUAGGGAUGUCCUCCAGUACAGUAAGGCUGCUGUCCUCCAGUAUAGUAGGGAUGUCCUCCAAUACAGUAGGGAUGUCCUCCAGUAUAGUAGGGAUGUCCUCCAGUUCAGUAGGGAUGUCCUCCAGUACAGUAGGGAUGUCCUCCAGUACAGUAGGGAUGUCCUCCAGUAUAGUAGGGAUGUCCUCCAGUAUAGUAGGGAUGUCCUCCAGUACAGUAGGGCUGUCCUCCAGUUCAGUAGGGAUGUCCUCCAGUACAGUAAGGCUGUCCUCCAGAACCCACGUUCACAGUCCAAUCGGAUUCCUUAG